UGGAAUAACACUGACGCAAAACCACAUCAAAUUCGCGUGCUGUUUUGGAUUCUUCUCUGUGAAUAAACCGUUUUCUGAACCACAAUUCAGCCGGAAAAGGUACAGAUAAAGAAUCAGACAUAUCGAUUAUAAGCCAUGCAUCGGACUCUUACCAUCCGAACAGAAUGUAACAGUACAGACAAAAAUCAGUAAGCCACAGAGAAAACGAACCCAGACAAAGGGGGGGAAAAGGAGAUACACUGAAGUCGCAAAAUCCACCAUGCUUCCUCUUGAUUUGAAAGAAUUCCAAGAAAAGGUUUCUACGCACUUGAGACCCUGGCAACGAUCAUUCCAGUUCUGGGUUCGCGCUGUUGAUAUCUAUACCGGUUACAAGGUUUUUCAAGUCCGAGUGAAUUUUGAGAAAGAUGCGCAGAAGAGGGAGGCAAUGUGGGAGAAGCAGCACGAGGUUGCUGCUGAUAAGAUAUACAACAUGUGUUCUGACCUCGGGGGCUUUUUUCUCAAGGUCGCUCAAAUUAUUGGGAAGCCGGACUUGGCGCCAGCUGCGUGGGUGAGAAGGCUAGUCACGCUGUGCGAUCAGGCCCCUGCUACCCCAUACAAUGCAAUCAAGGUUGUGCUUGAGAAGGAGUUGGGUCAAAGUGUGGAUGAGCUAUUUGAUAGAUUUGAUACUAAUCCUCUUGGUUCGGCUUCAAUUGCUCAGGUUCAUCGAGCUCGACUCAAAGGUGAUAAAAUCGAUGUUGUUGUGAAGAUUCAGCAUCCUGGUGUCCAGGAUUUGAUGAUGACUGAUAUCCGCAAUUUGCAAGCUUUUGCGCUAUACAUGCAAAAGACAGAUAUAAAGUUCGAUCUAUAUUCUGUGACCAAGGAAAUGGAGAAACAGAUUGGAUAUGAAUUCAAUUUUUCGAGGGAAGCUGAUGCUAUGGAGAAUAUUCGACGUUUCUUGUAUGAAAAUAACAAAAAGACCCCAGUUUUAGUGCCACGCGUCAUCCGGAAUAUGUACACAAGGAGGGUUCUAGUGAUGGAAUAUAUUGAUGGCAUCCCGAUUCUGAAGCUUGGAGAUGAGAUGGCAAAAAGAGGCAUAAAUCCAGGUGGUAAGGUAGCAGCGGCAGCAAAGCAGAACAUCCUUAAAAGUUUGACACUAGCUUAUGGACAAAUGAUACUGAGGAGUGGUUUCUUUCACGCGGAUCCUCAUCCUGGAAAUAUUUUGAUUUGCAGAGGUUCAGAAGUUGCAUUGCUCGAUUACGGACAAGUGAAGGAUCUCCCGGAGCAACUAAGGAUGGGAUAUGCUAGUCUUGUCCUUGCUAUUGCAGAUAAUGAUCCUAUAAAGGCAUCAGAGAGCUACAGGGAACUAGGUAUAGACACCUUAAGCAAAUGCGAGGACGAGCAGAAGGAGAUGCUUAGAUUGGCACAGACGAUGUUUGAUACAAAGCUACCACCUGGUGUAACAAUGCUGCAACCCUUUUCAGAAGAAUCUUCAAUCAAAAAAAUUGCUGUGCAGGCUUUCCCAGAAGAACUGUUCUCUGUUCUCCGCACCGUGCAUUUACUGAGAGGACUUAGUGUCGGGCUAGGAAUCAACUAUUCAUGUGCUGAGCAGUGGAGACCCAUUGCUGAAGAAGCUCUUUAUCUUGCAGGGAGGCUAAAAGAUAAGGAUCUCAAACGAGCACGUCGACGUGGUAUUUUCCAACGACUAUUUGGGAGGUAGCCAGUGAUGUGUGGCCCUCGGAUCCAUCCUUUUAACAUACUUUCUCCGAGUUUAAGUUUAUUUAUUGCUUACCAAUCAUUUUUUAGUGGCCAUGCAAAUACUCUCUAAAAGCGCAUGGACAUUGCAUGUUAAUUUGAGUUGGUGUAGGUGAUUGAGACUGCUAAAGGUCACCAGAAACUGAGAUACAAUUCUCUGAUAUUUCUCUUUAUCUACAGAAAUUCCCAAUUUUGUUGCACUUUGUCAA